UAGCGAUACGCUCGUCGGCAGGGGUCAACAAAUUUCGCGCUCGGCACGAUCAAUCCGAAGAUGGUUCACACCGCUGAGGCCAUGGAAGUGCUUGCGCGGGGUCGCAUCAUCGAGGUCACCUUCGACGAGUAUGUCGGCACCGUCAACGGACUCUUCAACGUCCUCGAGAUAGUCGGUGGCUUCGCGCUGUACAUGAUGAUGGACAAGCCCGAAGGGCGCGCUCCGAGCUUAUUGAAAGGCACGGCGUACACCUUCUUCUUCAACGGCUUCAUCAUGGUCUUCACCAGCAUCCUGAGCGCCACGUCUUCCCACUACCUGCCUUCGAUCUUCUACUACGUGCUGUUCCAGGCAACAGGCAGCAUCCUGUAUAUAUUCUGCAGCAUCUUAAUCGUUCGCUCGAACAAAGAAGUCGGCAUGCCGGCGAUGGUGGGCCUGACGACGGGAGCCCUUCAUGCCUUUCACUGCGCGUACUCGACGUACAAGAUCUACUACGAGAACAAGUGACGAGGAAGCGCCGGACCGCUGCUGCACCGAACUGAGCCCCGUAUAUAGCCUUCGCGCCUUUUCCAUUUCGUGUGCAAUCAUGGAUUAAAUUUGUGCAGUGCUG